GCGUCUCCAAAACAGCCAAACAUUGGAAACAAUAUUUUAAUCAAAAGUUGUGAUGAUUUGUACGAAAAGUGAAUUAAUUGGAAAUGUUUUGAACGAUUCAAACGGAUUUGGUUUGACAUCGAAACACAUUUCAAUCACAAAACCAAAGACCUUAUCAUCGAAGUGGUGAUCGUUUAGUGGGAACAACACAAUGACAGACAAUGAACCACAGAAGGAGAAGAUCCUGUUAGAGCCGUACAACUAUUUGCUUCAAUGCAGUGGUAAACAGAUCCGCACGAAACUGAUUCACGCAUUCAACCAUUGGUUUCAAAUACCAGGCGACAAGUUGUCAGUAAUCAGUGAUAUCGUGGAAAUGCUACACAACGCCAGUCUUCUGAUCGAUGACAUCGAAGACAACUCCAUUCUUCGCAGAGGAAUACCUGUCGCCCACAACAUCUAUGGCAUCGCUUCGACCAUCAAUUCUGCUAAUUAUGUGUAUUUCCUGAGCCUCGAGAAGACCAUCAAAGAGUUGCCGAAACAAUCGGUCUCUGAGGCGGUCCUUAUAUUUACGGAACAGCUCUUAGAGCUGCACAGAGGACAGGGAAUGGACAUCUAUUGGAGGGAUUCAUUCAAAUGUCCGACAGAAGAGCAGUACUUAGAUAUGAUUGGCCGCAAAACCGGUGGUCUCUUCGGACUGGGAGUCAAACUCAUGCAACUGUUCAGCGAUGAUAAGCGCGACUACAGUCGACUCAUUGGCUUUUUGGGCACAUAUUUCCAGAUUAGAGACGAUUUCGCAAACCUUAAGUCCCUUCAGUACGAGGAGAACAAGAGUUAUUGCGAGGACUUAACUGAAGGCAAGUUCUCAUUCCCUAUCGUUCACGGAAUCCGUAGUCAACCAAACGACUCGACACUUAUGAAUAUAUUACGGCAGAGGACUAAAAACGUUGAGCUCAAGAAAUAUGCGGUCGAGAAGUUGGAAUCGUUUGGAUCUUUUGAGUACACAUUGAAGACGUUGGACGACAUCAACACCAAUACGAGGCAAGAGCUGGAAUCUCUGGGCGGUAACCCACACCUCUCACAGCUUCUGGAUUAUCUUAAGAUUAUUUAAUCGCUUUCCAUAUUGAAUACUAUUUUUACUAAUUUAAAUCAGUUAUUAAAUAAACAUUUUUUAUACAUUGAA